UUGCGGGCACUGCCAUUCCGCACCGCAUAGACAAGUGAGCAGAUCACGUAGGCAUAUCUUGUACCGACGGAAUACACAUGUACAGUACGCUGUGCUAUAGCCAAUAUAUUGCCUGCAUUAAAUGCAACACUCAAAAUGGCAAACGUCAGACAUUGCACGACGCUGGUACUUGGAGUGUUGCAGUUUUACGUGGGCUCCGAGUCAUCAUCUGCUGAGGAUCGGGAGGAGGUUUCCGUGACUCAAUCAAAGCCUAACCCUUUAUUGGAAGGAGAUGACCUUGUGCUAACCUGCAUUCCAGACGUUAGUCGGACGUUCAGGGGAUGGAUCGAAUGGAAAAGCGGCCUACAGCGGAACAGCAUGGUCAGUCUCAGUGAACCGACAUUCACACUCGCCGAUAGCUCACUUAUCCUUGCAAGUAUUACUAGGGACCAGUCUGGCUGGUACCAGUGUGCAAAGUACACCCAGUGGAACUCGAAAGCAGACGGGACACCUUCGCUUUCCUCAGUUGUUCCUGUUAUUGUGCACUACGGCCCCGAGAUUUCCGACAAACACAGGAACUGGGUUGGGGCGAAAGAGGGCAACAUGGCGAUUUUGGAGUGCGUUGUCAAAGGGAACCCCCUCCCUGCAGUGACUUGGUACGGUCCAAACGACAACACUCUAUCAAGUUACAUGGGAAGGAUUUCGCUGGAGCUCACCAUCAGAGGAGAUAGUGUUAUAGGAUACACCAUCUGUAGCCGCUUGAUUAUUCCAGCCGUGGUAGCUUCUAUAGACUGCGGAACAUACAGGUGCAAAACCACCAACCAUAUCGGAAAUUCUGACGAACUUCGAGUCGAAUUGAAGGAGACAGCAAGGUGCAGUUUGAAGUCACGGUUGAAGUACUGUAAACAUGUUGAUUCGAAGGAAUCGCGGAACACGCCUUCCCAAGGGCUUGUCCAAGGUCUGGUCGGAGCCCGUUACGUCAAAAACGGAUCGAUCCCUACCCCAAUACCGACCAAGGGACCAGCAUCGCCCCGCACAGACGACACCUUAGUCUUUGUCCUGAUAACAGUUGGCUCGGUGGUGCUCCUGAGCAUUGUCAUCUCCUGCUGGCGCUAUUUCAAACGCAACGAAUCCAACGCUGUUCAAACAACCAGUCGAAACCUACGAGAGCCACCAAUUGCCAGGACUGUUUCAGUUGAGCUGCCUAAUAGGUCUUUUGUCUCCACACACAGCGCUGACGAAUUACCGCCCACCUACGACGAUGCUGUCGAAAAUAUCGAGGCAGACCCUCCUCCCACGUAUGAAGAGCAAGAAGAGCUGGAGGCUGUUACUAUAAACGUAGCAGGAGAUUCUCAGGUUCAAGAAGAUGGAGACUAACAGGACGGGAUAUGUUUUGCGCUGAAACUCUCUGGUGUGGGCUUUAUCCAUUAGCUAUAUAAAGAUUCAUCUUGGUCAUUUAACGUACGUUAGCAAAAUAAAUUGUGUUUCGCGAUUUUUUUCACCAUACAAAUUUGUCUUUUUCUUCAUUGGUGUAGGCCUACAGUUUUUUUGAUCGAUGUUAAUGUUGUAUGAGCCAUGUUUCUCAUGUAUAUUCUCUUUGAUUUAAGAACUCAUGCUUUAAAAUUUACGAUUGAAGAUCAGGAACAUUCGACUGACGCACCUCGAAAAAAGAUUUCCGCAAAGAUCAUAAAAAGCAGCAUUUCUCAAACACACACUUUUGGAAAACGAAAAUAUCAGAGAAAGUUAUAUGGAUCCCAAACAUUCAAAUAUUACUUUUAAAAAAUCUUACUGUCGAGCGCCUUGUUUGAAUAUGAUGAGUGGCCUUUGUAUGCCAUGAAAGGGAAAGAGAAAAAGGAGACAAGCACUGUGUAAGCUCUCUAAUUAAGAAUUUGCACAUUUUACAACUGCGUUUUCAAAAAUUUUGGUGAUCACGCUGAUGCAAAUUUUUUUAUUUCACGAGCUGAUACCCAAGCGUGUUGCGGAAAUAAAGUGCGGAAAAAAAUGCUUUGAAAGGUUUGACAUACUCGAUGCCUUAAAACUGGUGGAAUGAAGAUCAGUAUGAGUUCGUUAAAAACGAAAAUGCACAGAAUGCGCACAGGAAGUUGUGCACUGCACCAGAUGUCAGUUAAUGAAAAUGAAAAUACCCGGUUCUCUGAAAUGUGCGCAAAUGAGCGCACUCAUGCACAACUGAUUGUCAUUUGGUAGUGUCAAUUACAAAGACCAACAGCAGUGCAGAUGUUAAUACCCUAAGAUAAGUAAUAUGAAUAUUUAUAGGUAAAGAGUGGGAAAAGGUUUAAAAAAGUGAUCCCCGCAUUGUUCCUUUAGUUUUUACUCACAAGAAAAUUAACUUUGCAAAUCAAUAUUUCGACUGUUUUUGUUGUGAAAACAUCCAUGAAGCAUUUCAAAGGACAAAUUUCAACGAAUUACAAGAUUAACUCAUGCUGUGUAGUAGCCAACAUUUUUAUUUCUUUAUUUCUGAUUUCCUUUUAUUGUUGUAUGGGGGGGUCCGACUCGAACGCAAACUGAAUAGUGUAAUUUUGACUUUGAACGGUUUCGUAACGUAUGUACAAGUCCGCUGCAGUGAUUGCCCCUUUGUAAAAAUCGUCGAAUCUUUCCAUACACCAGCGCACUUGAAACACUGUGCUCAGAAAGCAAGGAUCAGAAAGGGAAAUCCUCGAGCGUUACAAUGACGACUUUGCAUCUGGAUUCAUUUGAGGGUUAAAGCAGCACAUUAGGAAUCCGGACCAGAGCAUGAAAUACAUGUACAUGCAGUGGCGUAAGUCUGUGAUGGGAAUUAGGGAAGGAAUGGGAAAGGUGGGUGGGGGAUGACUUGUCUGGCCUUAGAAAUUUGAAAACAGGAGGGGCGACAUCAUAUACACUAUAUCGGGGGCGAUAUUUAUGAUAAACAUGUACAUCGGUAAUUAGUACCAAAUUCAUGCCGAAUGUUAGAUCAGAAUGACAUACAUAUGGCGUUUAAAAAUUUGCUUUCCUUUAUGUUGAUAUUGUAAACAUUUUAGUCGCUGGGAAAUCCUGGAAAUUCUUCACAAUCCACUUUAAUUGUUUGGCUCAUCAAAAACGUAGUUUGGGGUGAUUCAAUAGCCCACCCCCGUUACCUCAGAAAGGGUGGGGGGAUAUAGGCUAUACCCCAUCCCGCAGGAUUUACGACCAUGUGUAGUACAUGCAAUUAAGGGUUGUAAGGAUUUGGUCACCGAUAAAUAACACAGUCAAGCUAUGUGCAAACCAAUCUGCUUUAAUUUUUAAGUGUUCAGAGCGUCACGAAGUGACCAUUAUGAUAGCCGUUUCAUUUAGUUAAUGACAGCACAGGAUGGUUGGUGUAUUUUAGGUCUUUUGCUUGACAUGUGGCAAAGUAACAGCUCACUCAUUUAGAAAAGCUGCUAAACAAAGCCUAGUCACUGAGAGAAUAACACAGGGAAACUUCCUACUUAGCUGAAAUAAGUUUAAGAAAAAUGCUCCUAAUGCAUUGCAACUUUGGAAAAAACGGAUUAAACUAGACGUAGUGGCUGUUGUUCUCGAAAGGUCGUUAAAAUUGUUCUAAAUGUAUCUUUUCUCAGAAGUCACCAAUUCCUUCCAUUCUGAGGCAUACAGCUUUCUUUGCAGUUUUCAUAAGUAUUAUUUAAAACUUUUAUAUGUUUUUCCAAUGAUGACUUGAGGAAACUGUUUCUCAUUCUUGUAUACAUUUGGUAAUGCAAGUUCAUAUUUAUAUUCGUAAAUAAAUUGAAUACAGUCCACCCGGCGGAUCAA